AUGGCCUCAUUCCGGAAUAAAGAAGCUUCUAUCCGGAAUCUUGAAACUCAGAUUGGCCAGCUAUCAAAGCAGUUCACUGAAAGAGUUCAAGGAACUCUUUCAGGUAACACUAUUCCAAAUCCAAGUAGGGAACACUGCAAUGCAAUUACUACUAUGAGUGAGAAAGCCAUUGAACCUGUGGAAAAAGAAAAGGGAGUUGCUAAAGAAUCUGCUGUAGAGAAAUCUGUUCCUGAAAAGAAAGAGUUCAAAUGGGAGAAAAAGAAAGCUCAAGAAAGGCAAGAAAAGCCAUUGGAGCUCUCACCUUAUGCAAAGAUUCCAUAUCCGCAGAGGUUCAGAGAGGAAAUCAAAAAGCAGCAGUAUUCCAAGUUCCUUGACAUUUUCAAGAAGUUGCAAAUCAAUAUCUCGUUUACUGAAGCCUUGGAGAACAUGCCCAAUUACGCAAAGUUCAUGAAAGAUCUUCUAUCACGAAAGCGUAAGCUACAAGAAUGUGAGACGGUGACGCUGACAGAGGAAUGCAGUGCCAUUAUCCAGAAAAAGUUGCCUCCAAAGCUUAAAGAUCCAGGAAGAUUCAGCAUUCCAUGCAACAUAGGCAAUAUGGAAGUGAAAAAUAUUCUAUGUGAUCUCGGUGCCAGCAUCAACGUGAUGCCACUAUUUAUGAUGAAGAAACUGGGGAUCACUGAAGUAAGGCCAACCAAGACAAUAGUUCAACUGGCUGACCGCUCUACAAAGCAAGCUUAUGGCAUUAUUGAGGACAUACUGGUAAAGGUUGACAAAUUCAUCAUUCCUGUUGAUUUUGUCAUCCUUGAUAUAGAGGAAAAUUCUACUAUUCCUAUGAUCUUCGAAAGACCUUUCUUGGCAACCUCAGGAGCGCUGAUUGAUGUAUCGAAAGGCGAGUUGAUCUUAUGGGUAGACGGGGAGCAAGCAAUUUUCAAGUUCUUUGAUAAAGAAGUCCCUUCACCUAUAAUUCAACCGCAAGAUCAAAAUGGUGACAGACACAUCCACAGAGAAGGGUAG